CCACUGCCCCGGCUUGUUUUCGUCUCUCCCUGACUGUCGCGGUGUGAAGAGGUAUGGACGGGAUUGUGAACGUUCUCCAGGAUGUGCUGAGAGGGUCCAACAGCUCCGAUAAGGACCUGGGAGAAGAGGUCUUUGACCAUGACGAGUUCUUUCAUCAACAGAACAAAGACGAGGUCCCCGUGAGUGAGUUCUAUGUUUGUAAGAAGAUCCUCUACACUACCAUUGGAGUCUCCAGUGUUAAGGUGUUUGAUGUUUGUCUCCUGGUCCCUGCUAUCCUCUUCCUACUUCUCCUUAUCUAUACUUCCCCCCGGAGCAGACAGAAGCUAAGUGGAGCUCCAGCAUUCGUCGUCUUCCUUCAGUUUAUCACCCUUGCGUCUACAGCCAUCUGUCUGGGUAGAGCUCUUCUCCUUAUCAUGGUUCCAGCUCACAAGGAUUCAUCCAAUACCCUGGAUAAGGUAUCCUGGACUUUAACAAGAUCUUCUUUACUCUGCCUUGAGCUGACCGCUAUCCUUAAUCUUAUGUUCGCCAGCCUUCCCAGCUCUAGGAACUCUCGGCGCUUGUUGUUCGGAGUUGUUUUGGUCUCCAUCGCUUUCUUUAUCAUUACUCUUCUCAUAGAACUAGGAGUUCCCUCCGCCGCUUUCCACGUGUUCGGACUUGGGUACUACCUGUAUGCCGAAGGGGGCGGACUCUAUACUGCCAUCAUCGCCGGUACCCUCGCCGUUCUCAACACAAUCGUUAUUCUUGUUAGACUAAGGCAGCAUAAAUCAAGUCCUGGAAGAUCUAAGGCUCUAAUCUAUAGUUCUAUUCUACUCGGAUUAAACUCAUCUCGAGCUCUAGGUGGUGUUGUACUAUUGACUGGGAUGAAGGGAGGAAUCUGCUUGACAAGCCUGACCUUGUACCUUCACACUGUUCUGGUGGGUCCCCUUGUGUUCCUAUUCAUCUUGUCCCCCUACCUCAGGCAUGGACAGGGGCAUUCACUUCUACACUACUCAACACAAGUUAACGAAGAGUGGACAGAUGAAGAUAUUUCCUGUGAGGAGAAGUCUGGUUCUGGGAUCCUGAGAAACGAAAACCACGAGCAGAGCGAGUACACAGACCCCGAGCUAUUAGGAGAGAACGAGGACGACUACUAGAUCCUUCAAGUCGAGAUUAUAUUCCUUGAUCAACGACACUUCCAUCAAGUCUCUAGAUAAUUAUCGUUGAUGAUUCAAUCUGAUCAACGACACUAUCCGUUUUCCCUGAAAUAAGAUCCGUAUAUAUUAUAUUAGUUUCUUGACUAUUCCUCUCAUAAAUCAUAUGAACCAUG